AUGGCUACUUCAAAUAUAAAAAUUUCUUACGUUAAUGCCACUGGUAACACCGAUUUUGCAGUUGUUGUGUUCACAAAGAACUUCAAUGUCAACACUCCAAAGGUGUACUAUUCUGCCUGGAAGAUCCUUAGGGCACAGAGCCAAGUCGACUUUGUCUAUCCUGUUUCCUUAGGUGUUGGUGUUGAAUACACUACUAGCACAGGAUUGCAUAGGGCUGGACCGUUUCCUGCAGAAUUAGGAUCAACUUGGGAGCUCUCUCAUGAUACCAUUACUUCCACACCAAGCUUAAACAAAGUUGCCAAUACUCAAGCAAAUCCAAAUGGAUCUAUUGUUGUCAAGAAUCUUCCACCUUGUACAUGGAGUGGACGCAUGUUUGAUGUUGGUGUUUACAAGGAUGGUGGUCUUCUAGUUGUUGAAAAAGAUGUCCACGUUGGUAGUCAAGCUGUCAUCAUGCUCAAGCCUAAGCUUUACUUUGCAGUUGUCUCUAACAUGGUUGAGGGUGAUGUCUUCAGUGCUAUGGAAAUUACAAGUUCUUUGACUGAAUUUGAUUUGAGCGACUAUCCUGAUGGGUUGAAAGUUACGCUCACUGAAGUAGGACGUGGCCGCCAGUUUAAGUUUGAAGGAGGAUUCUUGUAAACGAACUAUUUGAACUUGCAUGCAGCUUCUAGUCGCAUAUUUUUAGUAUAGUUUUAGUAUUUUUAGUAUAUUUUUAGUAUUUUAGUAUAGUUAGUUACCCAGUUGAUUUGCUUUAUGCUCAAGUGCUGUUUUUUUAUCAAAAAUAAUGAUUAUUAAUCU